GUGUAGCGUCACUAUUCGGCGUGUAUUCUUUGUUUUGCUUAAGUAUUGCGUUAAAGUAAAUGUUUUUAAAAGCUUAAACUAGUUAAUAGUGAGCAAAGCACUAGGCGCAAUAUAUUAUUGUUGUAUCUAUCAGUUUAUUUUAUAUAAAUGAUAAAAAUAGUGCAGUGAGUGCGCCAAACUUAUAUGUGGUAAAAUAAUUGAAAUAGUGGAAUAUUUGGUAUUACAUUGAUUCGAAAUGCCGACCAGUGCCGUGUACCAACCGACGACGGUGACAUACGAGCAGCAGCCUAAUGACCAGCGUUGGAACUGCCCUAUUAGCUACUUCUCACGGAGAGUGACAAGUAGUCUGAAUCGCGCAGUAUGCAUUCGACUCGGCCUUUGCCUUUUGGGCAGUACUUUGUUUAUCGUGGGACUGGCGUGCAUUAUAGCGGGUGGCGUGCAGUACUCGAACUGGUCCGCGUCGCCCACGCCGACACCCGAGAGCGAGAGUGGUUUGUCAACGCUUAUCAUCGGCGGAGUAUUGCUGUGCGUCGGAUUGCUAUUUGCAGCAAUGGGCAUUUGGGCGUGGUCGGCUCGCUGGGGAGGCGGCAAUGAGACUCCGGCCAGCGGAGCCGCAGCGCUCACAGCUCUCAACCCGUCCACUGACCCACUGGUUGCGGCCCAGUACGCGCCCGUAAGGGACGCGCCGCCGGCACCAGAUGACGAAAUGCGCAACCUCAUGGACAACAAGGAGUGCUUGAGCAGUGCAGAAGAAAGCGACAAGAUGUUAGAUGGCCGGCCGUCUGUCGCGUAAAUACCACAAAAAGAAUCGAAUCAACAGUUUCUUGCGAACAGGCGAGUCCUGAUUAAAAUGUCCACCUACUAUCAAAAUAUUUUAAUUUCAACGAAACGUACCAAGCUCGUACGUAAAUAUCUGUAUAAGUAAAGAAUUUAUUUUUAUGACUAACGUCUUUUUGAGUAGAACCCGUUUUGUAAAACAGUAAACUGAAGAUUACUGUUAACACAAACAAUAUAACGGACAAUUGUGUUUUGUAGGGUAUUAUUUUUAUAUGUAGUUGCGUUGCAUUUUACGGUACAAAGUGUUUGAAACGGUUUUUUUUCGUUUGUUGUGAUAUUUUCAGUUAUGACUAUUUAGUCGCCCGUUGUGAUUUUUGAAAAUAUCGGCGUUAUUUUGCAUCCAUAAUAAAAUGGCAACAAUCAGCGCUUACUAGCAAAAAAAAUGUAUUAUUUAUUCAACAUAUUCGAGAAUGCCGUUUUUUUUUUUUGUAAUAUUUUCAACAGAUAACAAAAUAUGUAGUUGUUUAACCCACUCGGAGGACUAUCGAUGUCAAAUAUAUUUUCUUGGGUGUUAUACAGACGAUGUUUAUUCAAAUAAAAAGUAUAUAGAUUUUGAUAGGUAAUAAUCGUAAUUUACAAGACAUGCGGCCAAAUUAUCGUCCAGAUUUUAAAAGUUAGAUGUAAUGUCCAUAUGUAUGUAAACAUUUUUCGAUAAGAUAUUUGGUAAUUUAACAAUUAUUGCCAUCGUGUUUCACUUAUGUAUGGAAUUUCAAAUCUCUUUAAUCUUGAUCGUACAUACUACUAAGCUUUCGAAAUUUAUUUUACUUUACUUUUCACUAUAUUGUAUCAUCUUUUGUACUUAUCUAAAGUAAGUAUUCUUACCUACACAUUUUCUUAACUUUGGCAAUAGUUAUUUUGAGUACUUACCUAACAGGUACAUAUUGUAUUGGACCAGUUUAUUUAUUUAAAUAUAUAUAUAUAUAUAUAAAUAUACUAACUUGGUAUUAAUAAACAGUACAUUUAUGUUACAGAAAAAAAUUAUGAGACAUUUUUUGCAAGCUUACUUAUUUAUUUUUUCACGAUCUAUUGCGAUAACGUUAACCACAUUUAAUUUAGUUGCAAAAUAGCUGGUUAUUAAAUUAAUGUUGGGUUGUCCCACUUCUGAUUAAGAGUAUUAGUAUUAGGAUCCACAUUUUUUUAGGUAAUAGAUGUUACGUUCAUUUUGUGUUUGAGACCGUCCUUAUUAAUUUUAAGCGUAGAAGUUAUGUGUAAGAACGAUGAUACAAGUUGAUACUGGUAUUUUAUAGGGUUUUUGUGUACUUAACUAUUUUUAAACUACUGCACAAGAUAAGUCUUUGACAAACUUAAUGCUUUAGAUUUCAAUUAUUUUUUCUUCUCCAUGUCGACUUUAUAGCUAUAAUCACAUUACGUUGGUUAUUUAGUAAUUCCAAUGUUUAGGAAAUACGAGUCCUUUGUAGCAAAUUAGCUAACAAUAAAGGGUAGCCCUAUAAUACCUAUAUUAAAUUGUAUCAGCAACCUUCAGGUCCCAUAGACCUUUCAGUCCUAUAAAUUUAGUUUUAUCUAUAUGGCGAUAAAAAUGGACUGUAUAGCAUUUAAUUUGAUGUAUAUUAUGUAGGCUCACGAUUGAUAUUAAAAUGUAUUCUAAGCUCUCUUUAUUAAGAAAAUAUAGCAUCCAGUAAAAGAGUAAAAUUUUGAAACUAUCAUCACAUAAUUGUAUGUACUUAAAAUAUUUAAUUCAAAAAGUUAAAAAAAUAAUAAUGUAUAUAAUAAAUACGCAGAGUUAAGCAAAACACAAGCUAGAUCUAAGCUAUAUUUUAUUAAUCAAGUUAAUAAAAUCUACUGACUAUGUACUACUUUUAAUAAUGUAUACAUUUUUAUUUAUAUUAUUAUUUUUGUUUGUGGUGCAAAUGAGAUUUAUAUUAUGGUGUAUUGAAUGAUGUUAUGUUAUACUUAUUUUAGUACUUUAAGUACAUUAUUUUGUAAUAUUUAUG